AUGAAAUCCAAGCCAGAGGUGAUUCGGAAGUGUGUGUGGCCUGCGUGCCUCAUAGGCCUGUUCAUCACCGGCACCCUCUCUCUGGGCUGUGACUUGCUGCAUAUUCAUCUGCGUAGAAUCACCUGGCACAAUGUGAAGCUUCUGACCAAUAUGAGCAGAUCAUUUCCUCUGCGGUGCCUACGGGAAAACAGAGCUUUCGAGUUGCCCCGAGAGGUCCUAUCCCAUACCCAGCCUCUUCUGAAAAGAGAUAUCCAGGGGGCCUUCUAUGAGAUGGCCAUGCUGACCUUCAGCAUCUUCACCCAACCCACCUUCCUGUCCACAUGGGAAGAGGAACACCUGGAACAAAUCCAAACCGGACUUCACCGGCAGCUGCAGUACCUGGAACAAUGCUUGCAAGAAAAGCAGGGACGUGAAGACAAGGAAGAGAUGGAGGAGGAUGAGAGGGGACACCCUGGACCUAGGACCCCCUGGCCCAGCAACUUAGAACUGAGGAGGUAUUUCCACAGGAUAAGCACUUUCCUGCAGGACAAGCAGUACAGUCACUGCGCCUGGAAGAUCGUCCAACUGGAAGUCAAAAGAUGUUUCUACUACUUCCAGAAACUCAUAGAACUACCCAGGAGGAAAUAA